AUGUCACACAAAGUAAAUUUGCGUAAACAGAUUUAUUUAUUAGGUCAUACUGUCAAUCAAAUUUUUGGCUGUAAAUUACCUUCUAAUAUACAAGUUCUUAGAGUAUUGUUUCAUAAUAUACGUGAAGUCAAAUUAAGCAUUCGUGAUAGUGCACGAUUAGUAAUAGAUGAGGUUUUAAUAUUUUGGCAAAAAGCUCGCAUUCCAACUCGUGAAGUACGUCACUGUAUAUUAAAAUUGGAAGCAAUUUACGACGAAUGGCGAAGUUUGCAAAAAAAUGCAUCACGACAAACUGAUACUCAAAAAAAAAAAGAAAAUUGUUUUAUCGAUAAAUUUGACGACCUUUUUGAUAUAGCACAUGCUGACGCUAUGAAUCUGAUGAGUAUUGAGUUGGAUAAACAAUUUUUAAUUCGUCAACGUGAAAAAGGUCGUCCGGGAUCGUUGAGUGGAAUCGAUUAUGAUUCAUAUCAAGCUGAACAAAAAAAGUAUUUACGCUUUGAAAAAACAGAAAAAAGAAAAAAACGUACUUAUGAUGAAAUAAAAGCAUCGUAUGAUACAGUUAAGUUUUAUUCAGGAUCGUCAGAAAGUGACACUGACGAUGAUAGUCAAAUCAUGUCGACCAAUGAUGAUUUAAUUUUUGAGAAAACAUUAUGUGAACCUGGUCCAUCUACUAGUAAACGAGCUUCAAAACAGUUUCUCACUAACAAACUUGUAGCUGCAUUGGAUAGAUGUAUGAUCAGUGACAGAGACGCCACUCAUUUACUUAUGGCAGCGGCUGAAGCAUUUGGUCAAAACGUUGAUAGUUUGGUAAUAAAUCGUUCGUCAAUACAUAGAGAACGUGAAAAGUUACGUAAAGAACGAGCUUUAAAUUUACGUGAAAAUUUUCAAAUUAGCUUAUUUAGUAAUGCAGUCGUACACUGGGAUGGCAAAUUGCUUCCUUCGUUAACUUCAAAAGAUCUUGUUGACCGAUUACCAAUAAUUAUUUCUAGUGGGGAUCAUGAACAACUUCUAGGUGUACCAAAAUUAUCAGAAGGAACUGGAGAGGAACAGGCUAUAAAAGUAUAUGAAUCAAUUGAAGAAUGGGGCCUAAAAAACUCAGUUGUAGCUGUUUGCUGUGAUACUACGUCUUCAAACACCGGUAGAUUAAAAGGCACAUGUAUAUUAUUAGAACAACGUCUUGAAAAAGAUUUGUUGUAUUUACUUUGUCGACAUCAUAUUUAUGAAAUUGUUUUAAAAAGUAUUUUCGAAGAAAAAUUUGGUUCAACCUCAGGGCCUAAUGUUCAACUUUUUAAAAAAUUCCAAGAAGGCUGGAGUAACAUAAAUACAAAUAAAUUCAAUCCAGGUAUAGAAGAUAAAUAUGUUAGUGAAAAAUUAUGCGAUGCCAAACAACGUGUACUUGAAUUUUCGCUAAUUAUUUCAAAAGAAAAACAGUUUAGAGAAGAUUAUAGAGAGCUAUUAGAACUGUCUAUAAUUUUCCUAGGAGGAAUCCCACAUCGCAGUAUAUUGUUUCGAGUUCCGGGAGCAUUCCAUCACGCCCGAUGGAUGUCCAAAGCGAUAUAUUGCCUAAAAAUAUAUAUUUUUAGAAAACAAUUUCAUAUGACCGCAGAACAAGAAAGAGCAUGUCGAGAUAUUUGUAUAUUUAUAAUAUGUGUUUAUAUUGAAAGAUGGUUUCGCUCACAUGUUGCAAUUGAAGCACCUUAUCAAGAUCUUUCAUUUGUUCAUUGUUUGAUUGAAUAUGAAAAAAUAGAUAAAAAUAUAUCAAAAAUUGCAUUAAAAAAAUUUUGUGGUCACUUGUGGUACCUAACUCCCGAAGUAGCAGGAUUAUCAUUUUUUGAUUCAAAUAUUCCUUUAUCAAUGAAAUUAAAAAUGGUACAGUCACUAAAAAAUCACGAUGACAAUGCAAAUGUAAUUAAGCGUUAUGUUGUUCCAAUAAAUAAUUAUGCGUCUCUAAAAAAUAAACAAAUUUAUGAAUUUAUAAAUAGUUCAUCGAUAAAGUUAUUUGAAAGAUUUAACAUUGCCACCGAUUUUUUGAACCAAAAUCCGUUAGAUUGGAAUGAAAAUGAUAAUUACCAAAAAGGUAAAUCUUUAUUUAAUCAGUUGAAAGUCAUCAACGAUGCAGCUGAACGAGGAGUUCAAUUAAUAAGUAAUUUCAAUGAAAUAAUUACUAAAGAUGAAGAACAAAAACAAUUUUUAAUACAAUCGGUUUAUGACUAUCGUAAGAAAUAUCCUGAUGCAAAAAGAAGUACUCUCUCUAGAGAAUUUUAAUAUUAUUUAUUUUAUAGCGAAAUUUUAACCUUGCAUUUAUUAAAAUUACAAUAUUUUUUAUAACACAUAAAAAAAUAAAUAAAUACUUUCUCAGUUUCACAUUCAAGCUAAUAUGUACUGGAAGUGUGUUAUUUUUAUUUUUCUUAUAAAUA